CCACAACAGACAAAAUAAUAAUUUUCGACUUCUAGACUCUAGUUUCUAAAUAAUGGCGUCAGAUGCUAUCAAAUACGAUGGGGCAUUGCUUGCUAUUCUUCAAAACGAAGGCAAAGUUGCACCAUUUCUCGAUGUCGUCCUUGGAUUCCUCUACAGAAGGUUUUAAUUAUGAUUGUGUGUCUUUGGCUUCUUUAUACUUGUAGUGGACAUCUAAGUCUAAGGGGCAAGGGGCCUAGGUCUACAUUACUUGAAUAAUUAUUCAAUAAUAACUAUACUAUAACUACUAGAAUUGACUCAAUUGUUUUAUUUUUACUAUCGAUUAUAGCCUAUUAUUAUAAAGAAUACUGGGCUAUUGCCAUAUCCCCAUAAACCUAAUACUAAUAAUUAUAAUAUAUGAAUAGCUAAUCAAUGGAUUUGGAUUAGCUAUACUUAUACUUAUACUAAUCAUUAAUCAUGUAGUAAUAAUUAUGUAACCAGCCUGUUCCCCUGGCCCCAGUAGUAAUUACCAAUGAUAUUAUAUAAUGAUAAAAUAUAAUUUACUAGUUAGUAAAGUUUUACCUGCUGGGGUGCUUUGACUUUGAAUAAUUUCGGUUUCCCGGGCCAGGGUUCAAUUUUUUAUUUGUGGUGAUGUGCAUGUGCAAUACAAUAUUAAUAUUGUCGGCUUACCAUAUUGUCAAUAUCGACACUUUCUUUUUCCGCUCUUGUGACAAAAAAUGCGCUGUUGUGACCAGGAAUAUUUUUUUUUAAAAAAUGUUAAUUUUUCUGCUUUCCAAUUUUCACCACAGCGUGUAAGUGUAACAAGUAUUAAGUGGACUGGAGAGCCAAGGUUUAAUGAUAUUUGAGGGAAGGGAGCAACCUCAGGCCAUUGACACUUAUUGCUGCGUAAAUAGAUAAUAGAGACUAGAGGGAUACAAUAAAGUUGCUUCAUUCCACACAAAGUUAAUUUACCCGCCGAAGGAGCAUUGACUGGUCAUUGUCACUUCUUGUCGUUUUUCUAGAGGAAUACAAUAACUUUUCUACGUUUGACACGAAAUUUAUGUAUGAGGAAGGAAGCAUUGCGCUCUACCCAUAUGAAUAUGCUUAGGGCGAUUUUCUCUCUAAUUAUCAUGUAAUAUGCUUAGGGCACGUCUCACCUACCCAUCACAGGCCUUUUUUUAAUUUAUUAACGCCCCUAUAGAACCUAUUCCUAUGUCCUAUUGACUAUGAUACUACUGGUCUAUUGCAGAGAUACACUCUGGAAACUACUAAGACAUUAUGGUAUUUCUACAAAAGCUACUUAACUUAAUUAAGAACACAUAGAAGGAUAUGAGUUGAUAGACUCUGGAGUUUGACAGGGAUGCCUGCUCUCACCAUUCCCCUUUCUGUUAUCCAUUGACUGGAUCAUGAGAGAAACAACACGGGUGGGAAAAAUGGAAUCCAGUGGACACCUUUCAGACAUUUGGAGGAUUUUGAUUUUGCCGACAACAUUGCAGUUUUAUCAUAUAGCCAUAAACAAAUGCAGUAGAAAACAACAACACUUGACUCUGUGUCCCAGCAAGUUGGACUUAGCAUAAAUAAAGGGAAAACCAAGACAUUGAGAAUAAGUGCAGUGGGUGAUGGAGUCAUUGGGAUAAACCUGAGAGGAGCCUCUCUUGAAGAAGUUGAGACUUUUAAAUACCUGGGAAGCAUAAAUAAAAAUGGUGGCACAGAUGAGGACAUGAAGUCUAGUGUCCAAAAGGCCAGAGGUGCAUUCAAUGCCUUGGAACUCAAGUGAAAUACUGACAAAAACAAAGUUAAAAAUAUUCAACUCAAAUGUCAAGGCACUUCUUCUGUAUGGCUUGGAGAACAACAAAAACAAACAUUAAAACACUGCAGGUUUUUUAAACAGAUGCUUGGGAAGGAUCCUCAAACUAAGAUGGUUUAACAAAAUUCUUAACACUGUCCUUUGGGAGAGAACAUCAAGUGUUCCGGUGGAAACGGAGAUAAAAAUGAGAAAAUGGAGAUGGAUAGUGCACACAUUAAGGAAACAAAACACUAACAUCACAAGAAAGGCCCUGAAAUGGAAUCUUCAAGGUACCAGGAAAAGGGGAAAACCAAGAGCCACAUUGGGAGAGGGGAGUAGAGACAGAGGUGAAAAGAAUGAAGAAAAGCUGGGCUGAACUAGCAAAAAUUGCCCAGGACAAGGACAGAUGGAAAAGUAUUGUGGAUGACCUUUGCUCCAUUGGGAGUGAGAACGGCUAAGAAGAAGACUAGUCUAUUGAUUUAAAUAUUUUUAGGCCACAUUUGCUUGUCUUCAGUCAAUUUGGAUUGAAAUUUAAAGUAUUUGUUAAACCAACUAUUAUUAAAUUAACUGAACAAUGUAGUUAGUUUAACCCUAACUCUAUCUCUGAUUCAUUUAAUUAUCUAUUAAGAAUUGUAUUUAUUAAAAAGUUUAGGCUUUGGCUACAUAUUAUUAUCAUUUAUUAUGUAAACGUUUCAAAUUAUCUAAAAUAGGAUCACUGCACAUGGGCUGACACUUCGCAAUUUCCAAAAUGGUCCAAGGUUAUUUUGUUGCAUUAAUAGACAAGCAGUCACUCUCCAUUUUUUAAAUACCAUUAAUAGUUAAUUAUAGCGAUACAUACUUAAAAUUAUAUGGGCCUAAUAUUAGAUUAUUCAAUUUAAAGACAAAGUAAAAAAAACAAAAAAAACUAGAGCUGGGUUUCUUGAAAUAAAAUUUUCAUAGAACUAGGCUUAAAACCUCCAUUUUCUGAUUUAUUAAAUGUAUACUUUAUUUUGAUAUUCACUGAUACGAUGAUUACUUUAGUAUUGAUUAUAAUUUAUAAACUAUACUAUAUACAUUAUGAAGUAUUAUACUUAAAUAGGAUAUAGGCCUACUGCAAAGUAGAGUAACGAUGUAUGAAAGUUUUCAUUAAAAUAUUUAAAGUAUAAAAAAAUAUUUUAAAAAAACAUAAAGCCUAUAAAGGUUAAUCUCAAGACCUUUUGCAACUUACACCAGUACUUAGUUUUGUUUCACAGGGCUAACAAUUAUCAUGAAAAUAUUGACAUUUUUUAGAAUUAGAGUUUCAUAAUAAAAUAUCAAUUAAAUCAAUUGUCAUCUAAAUACAUUUAUUAAGAGUAUCAUCUAUAAAAAUGUUUCUAAACGGCUGCAGAGGAUGGAAGUCAAGAUUCUUCUAUUUAGUGUUAAUGAACAUAGAUUUAAUGGUUACAUAGUAUAAAAUUAUAUAUUUUGUAUUUCAGAACUGAUUUCUUUCGUGUUAUGAAAAAAGAUACUGACAAGCUCGGAUUUCCACCUGGUGUAGCAUUCAAACUAUUAGAAAAUGUAAGUAAAUGGCAUCAGACUUAAAUAUAUGAACUGAAGACAUAUAUAUAGUUGUGAUUUGCAUUAAAUGUUAGUUCAAAUUAUGUGUUGGCUUGAAAAAACAUACAGCUUCAGAAAAUGAUCAGCACGUGGCUAAAAUGCCAACUGACAUUCAAGUAAUUAACCUCUCCUUAUUGACUGCUAAACUUAAUACUUAAUGCCAACAUUAUAAACCCCCCCCCCCCCUCCACAUUUCAUUUCAAUACAUCAAAUUGUAUUUAUGUGACUCCAUUUGUGUAUUGAUAUAUUCUUUCCCGAUUCAUUGUUUUUUUGUUGUUUUUUUUCACUUUUACUUUAGAAGUCUUUAUUCUAACCUCUUAACAAUGUAACUAACUGAAAAAAAAUCAAUAUUUUUUUUUUUACAGUUACGUUCCUAUUAGUUAUUUUUUGUUCAAGACAUUAUUUAAUUUUCAGUUGUUUGUUGGAAUGUGAGGAAUAGUUUAAUUUUUAUUUACUUCAAACUGUAUAUAUUUUCCUUUGACACGUUCUUGUCAUCUUUAUCAGUACUUGUCUUUUUGAAAACAGAUAUUCAAGAAAUAUGAAUCUUUAUCAAAACAAGACUAUUUAAAGGCAGAAAAAUUAAAAGAAUCAAGAGAAAAGGAAAAUGAAGGCAAACAUGAACUUAUGGAAACUGAAGAAGAAAAGUCUAACAAGAACAACACUGAUUUGUUAACCACAGGUUAGAAAAAUUUCUGAAGAAUAGUUGGUUUUUUUAAACAUGGACUUCUAGGAUAAAUUUACUUAUUAAAACCAUUAAUUUUUAUUGCCCUGUUAGAGGGUAUUUUGUGCACCUUACUUCCAGUGGCAUAUCCUCUAGCCUAGAAUUUUAAAAAAAAAACAACCUAGUCAUUUGGAAAAUAUUCUAACAACAUUUCAAUACCUCUUUUAUUUAGUCUGUUAUAUAUUUGUUAUAUUUUAUUAUUUUUAAAACUUAAAAUCACUCAUUAUGUUACAUUAUAAAGAUGAGAUAAAGAAUUGGACGCUGAAUAGAAUUUCAACUACUGAAUUUAAAAAAUAUAUAAUUUCCAAGACUUGUGUUUGAAAACUAAUCAACAUAUUUUGUGUAUAUUUUUGUAAAAAUUAUUUAAUUCAAAAGAUCUGCAGCAGAAACAAAUGGUCACAGAUGAGAUGGUGGUGUGAGGUAUGGCCCGUACUUAUAGUCGCGUACCAAUUGGUAUUGGUGUGGUUAAUACGGGGGUCGCUCCUCUCUGUGAUAGUUCAGUAAUCCAGACAUUGAGGAAUACAAGGAAGACAACACAAACUCCAAUGCAUGACCAAGAAGCUCUUCAGUGACAGUUAUAAAUAAAAGAAUGUAUUGAUGGAUCUAAUAUAGUCUAGUAAUUUUUCUUUUUUUCUUUUCCAACUGUUAACAUCCAUUAAUCUCCUAAAAGGCCUCCAAAACAUUCCCCCCCCCCCCCCCCCCCGGAAAUUGCACUGGAAAUUCAUCAUUUAAUAACCAUGGUGCAACAUAUGGGGAAGUUCCGAACAAAACACACCAUUGCUCACUGACACCAUUAUGAAAAGAACACCUAGUAAAAUCAUAACAAUCCCCGUCCACCCUAUAAAUUACCUGAAGAAACAAUGGAGCGCCGUUGUUAAACCCCGCCCCAGUCAUUUGUGACACAAAUAUUAUAUUAGAUGAUAUUCAGUAAAUAAAUUAUUAUGAAAAAAAGGAGCCCUGACUCUCAAAUUUGCCUAUGCCACUGCAUGUUGUGUUUUUCAAAGCUAUGUACUUAUUUAUCAGUUUUACAAUUUGUACCCAAUGGUGUUACAAUAAUCUUACUAGUGUAACGAUUAAACUUAAAAUCAAGGUAAAAAGUAAAUUCCCUCAAAUCCAAUUUGAAAUAAUGUUAUAAAUAAUGUUUUUAAAACAUUUUGCAGAAAAUGAAGGCAACUGCACAACAGACAGCAACCAGACAGCUGAACAAGCAUCAUUACCUGUUAGUCAUCAUGAACCUAUGGAGAGAGGGCCGAAAGAUACUGAAGAGGAAUCUCCGAGUCAUUCUGUAAAACAAAGGGAUACUGCAAGUGGAGCAAAGCCUAAAGAAGAUGAUGAGGAUAAUGAGGACCCAGAGCAGGCAAGGUGUCUACUAGUAAAUACAAGUACUUAACUCUUGAGUUUUUUAAAAAGUGUAAUUUUUUUAGCUAUAGGGUGAUAUAUACUUAUUAAACAUAUCCUAUGAAAUAGAGAUGUUUUUAUCUCUUAUAAAUAUUGUUAUGGUUCAGCAUCUUGUCCACAUAAUCACUUUCGACAUCAUUAUAAUAUAUUUGCAUGCAUCAUCUUGAUUAUGACCUAAUAUUGGUAUUGGUAAUGGCUAUUUAAACUCUGAACUUAAAUUAAUGAACACUUUACCUACUAUAUUACCGGUAUAUCCACUUCAAAAUGUGCCCUCAUUGCUCACUUCACAUACCGGUAAUAUAUUGUACUAAACUCUAUUUGGUUGAUUUGAUUGAACUAAGUUACGACAUGAGUUAUUGAAGCAAAUUUGUGGGAGUUACAGUUCUCAGACGUCAGAGCAAACUGCCAUUAGCUUUCAGAUAUUUGUUCAUUACUUUACCAGUGUUUCAAAUAAGUUUUUGGUUAGUCUUUCAUAGAAGUAGAAUAAAUUUUACUGAAAAUUGUGACUUUUAGUUGCAGAUAUACUAUAACUAUUGUCCUCUUAAUUAAAUGUUUACAGUAAAAGUGUGGACUCCUAAUCAUACAAAAUGUAAUGGAAUUUCCUCUCCUAUAAUGUCAGGCAACGUCGAGCACUGCAAGCUAAUCCCUUAACAUACAAUGGAGCUGAACGAGACAGUUAUUUUUGGUCACAAUCAAUAACAGAAGCAGAUGUUAGGGUUAAGGUAAGUAGACAUUAAAAUGAAAACGAUUUAUUGAAAUGUGUUUCUUAACAUGGACAAAGUAAAUAAUUGAUUGGUCAUAAAUUGUCUUAAAUCCAAAAUUUUUGUUUUGUUUUUGGGUUAUGUUCAGGUGCAAAAAUCUAUUGUGAAAGGCAAGCAGGUGAAGGUGGACAUAAAGAAAAAACAUAUUACUGUCAAGAAACAGGAAGAUGAUGGAAGCUGGACAGAUCUCGUAAACAACGAACUCACAUGGGAAAUAAAUUCAGAAGAAUCUGUGUGGACACUCAGUCCUGGUGAAUUUGUACAUGUAAUUACAGGUUAUGUUAUCAUUUGGUAUGGUUGACAAAAGCUAGAAAUUCUUAAUUUAUACUUGGAGAUCUACAGUAGUUUUAAAAAUUAAAAGGUAAAGAAUUUUAAAGGACCUAUUUCUUCAUUGCCUUUUCAACCCGUAGUGGAGCAUAGGCCAUCAAUAUUAUUCCUGUCUCUUGCAAUAUUCUCAAUCUCCUUCCAAAUUUUUCUGAUCUUAUUCAAAAUUAGAGACUUCAUAUGUAAAAAAAAAAAUGUUUUCUUAAAUCUUUCUUUAUCCCUGAUCAUCUACAGAUUAACUUGGAGAAGAAACAGGAGAGAUGGUGGGAGAAUGUGUUUGUAGAUGAACCUAAAAUCAACACUCGUAAAAUUGAUUGCAGUCGACCCAUGACAGAUCUUGAUGAUGAAGCUCAGGCAAAAAUUGAAGAAAUGAUGUACAAUCAAAGACAAAAACAACUUGGACUGCCACAAUCACAUGAAUCGGUAAUCUACACUAGUUACAAAUUACUACAGGGUAUCUAAUCCCAAAUAUUCCCUCCACACCAAAUUGGAUUUCAUAGAAAAAGUAUAAUUUUUUUAAGUUAAACUGUUAUAAAAUCAAUAAGUAUGUCCCACUGAAUGCCCAGCCUAAGUGUCCUAACAAGAUCAAAAUAAAGAGGCAACAAAAUGACAGGAAAUAAUAUUUUAAUGACAUUGUUCCCUUUCUGAUUCUGUGCACACCCAUUAAAUAAUAUACUUUUGACAUAAAGAUAAUGUUAAAAAUAUGAUUUUAUCACUAAAAAUAAUGUAAUGUACAAUGAGAAACCUGGCUGUUUACAGUUGUCAUUUUAAAUAUAUUUUACAGAAAACUCAGGAAAUGCUGAGGAAAGCCUGGGAUGCAGAAGGUUCCCCAUUCAAGGGUCAACCAUUUGAUCCUGGCCAAUUUAGUGUGGAUCCAAGUGGAGUAGUAAAUUUUAAAGACUGAAAUGAUAAUUGAAUAUGUGUAUUUUUAAUCAAGCAUUUCUCUGAGCAGCAAAUUAUCAUUUAAUUCUUUACCAUUGACAUAAAAUGUGUAUAUAGUAAACAAAAUGAAAUCUUUAAACUGAUUUCUAAUUAUGUUACAAUGUUACAAAAGUUAUUGUACCAACUAGCAAAUAAGAAAACAAUUUUAUACUAUUAAUAUUAACAGAAGCAUCCAGCUCCAAAUUAAUUAUAAUUAUUAAAAUAGAGAUCAUUAAGAGGUUAUCAAUUAAAAUAAAUAAUAAUAAUAAAGUUCAUUUCAAAAACACGCUUCAUCCCCAAAGGCUCGAAGCGCGGUACAAAGUCAACAAAAAACAAAUCUAUAAUUUACCACAUUUAAAACAAACGCAACACUACAAAAAUCCAUUGGGGUAGCAUUUCCACAGAAAUGGAUGUGUGCAAUCUGAACGGGGAGGGGUGAAAAAAAAUGGACACCCAUUCACACAAAAAAUCGCCACCCAUUCACAAAAAAAAUCGCAAAUGUCACAUAAGUUGUACCAGUAGUUUGUUAUUUUUACUUGGUACAAUAUUAGGUUAAUAAAGAUUCACUUGUUCACUCUACAGAAGAGAAUUAGUGUUUGUUUCACUACAAUUUAAAUAAUUAAUAACUUUCACUUAAAAUAAUUUAGUUGAGUUAUCUGUAUAAAAUAUAUCCCCUUGAACUUGAAGCUAGUUACAAUAGUUUUUAAAAAUUAAAAGUUGCUAUUUCAAAGUUUUUUUGUUAUCAGUGAACUUAAAAUUCCAGCACUUGUGAUUUUUAUGGGUAAUUAUGUAAGAUUACACAGUAUUUGUAACUUUUUUUUUGAAGCAGACUAAUUAUCUUGAGCAUUGAAUUUUGAAAAAGUUUUAUACUGGUACCAUACCAACUGUUUGUAAAUUUACAGACCUAAAAUUACUUGUCCUGUUAAAAAUUGAGAAAUAGUUAAACAAAACCCUCAGUUUUUUUUAUUCCUUCUUGCUAGUUUUAAACUUGAAUAAUCAUGUUUGUCUGUUAGAAUUUUGAUAACUUAAAUUUAAAUGCUUGUACCUGUAAUUAAAUUUUUUUGAGUGGAGAAUUGUAAUGAUAAUCUAUAAUAUAAAUGCAGCGUACCGGUACUUUGUUAAAAUUUAAAUUUAUUUGGGAAUAAAAUUAAAA